AUGCCGCAAGAUAACACCAGAAUCUCGGAUAGUAUCAAAAUUCCAGAGGAGUUUGUUAAGUUGCUUAUACUUAGCCAGGCACAUCUUGGAGGAACCUCCGCAAACAAGAACUUUGCUAGAUACCUUUACGGCACAAGGCCUCAUGAUAAGAUUAGUAUUAUUGACAUCAAUGCAAUGUGGGAGAAACUCAUCAUUGCAGCUCGGGCCUUUUGUGGAAUAAAGCAUCCCUCUAGCAUUGCCGUGGUAUCUACAAAGACAUUCGGAAGAAAGCCCGUUGUCAAGUUCUGCGAGGCUGUCGGUGCAACACCAAUAACCGGAAGGUUUAUUCCCGGAUCGUUUACAAACUCGGAAGUUAGAAGAAUGUAUGACCCGAGGAUUCUGAUUGUUUCCGAUACAUAUGCCGAUAAGCAGGCGAUUUUGGAAUCACAAUACUGCAAUCUUCCAACCAUUGCAUUUGUCAAUGCAGACAACUCUCUGGUGGGAGUAGACAUUGCCAUCCCCAUGAACAACAGGUCGCCAUCUGCUAUUGCUGCCGGGUUUUUUAUCUUAUCCAGACUAAUCAGUUACAUGAAGACCGGGGCGGAACUUGCUCGAGACAUGAAGGAAGUCGAGCUUUUCCUCUUUAGAGACAGUGUCGAGCUUGAGCAGCUUAUUGAAGAGCAGCUCCUUGAAACAACAAAUACGGUUCUUAACGUUGGGAAAGAAGAGAUUUUGGGUGGAAUAACUGCAGAGAAUACCGAGGAGUGGAAUGGUUUCUAA